GGAAGAUGAGAGAACCGGAGGGAAAUACGGGCGAAAGCGGAGCAGGGGAUGGGCUCUCCCCUUCACAGAUAAUGGGAGGAGCCUGGAGAGAGCAAGUUCUUUCCUUCCGUCGCUGCGGCCGCAGCCAUGAGUAUGCUCAGGCUUCAGAAGAGGCUUGCCUCCAGUGUCCUCCGCUGUGGCAAAAAGAAGGUCUGGUUGGACCCCAAUGAGACUAAUGAAAUCGCCAAUGCCAACUCUCGUCAGCAGAUCCGGAAACUGAUCAAAGAUGGGCUGAUCAUCCGGAAGCCUGUGACGGUCCAUUCCCGGGCUCGAUGCCGAAAAAACACCUUGGCCCGCCGGAAGGGCAGGCAUAUGGGCAUAGGGAAGCGGAAGGGUACUGCCAAUGCUCGAAUGCCUGAGAAGGUAACCUGGAUGAGGAGGAUGAGAAUUCUGCGCCGGCUGCUCAGAAGGUACCGUGAGUCUAAGAAGAUUGACCGCCACAUGUAUCACAGCCUGUACCUGAAAGUGAAGGGCAAUGUGUUCAAAAACAAGCGGAUUCUCAUGGAGCAUAUCCACAAGCUGAAGGCAGACAAGGCUCGCAAGAAGCUUCUGGCGGACCAGGCUGAGGCCCGCAGGUCUAAGACCAAGGAAGCCCGCAAGCGCCGUGAAGAGCGGCUCCAGGCCAAGAAGGAGGAAAUCAUCAAGACUCUGUCCAAGGAGGAAGAGACCAAGAAAUAAAGUUCUCUCCCUCUUCUCUGUACAUAGUGGCCACAGCAAAUUGCAUAGAUCACUCAAUAAAAAACAAGCCUUUGUCUGCCUAC